CUGCUUUGUAGUAGAGCUACAUUGAGUCCACUGUGGUCACAUUUAGCUUCGAUAGUCUCAAUUAGUGACCUAGAUUCCCAUCAGAGAUAUGGUUAGAUGUUUCGGGAGGGAGUGUAGAAGACUUUCCGUUCUCCAGGUCAAACAUAGACCUAAAGUCCUGGAGCUAACUCGCAGUCUACGGGGGGCGUUCAAGCCUACAGCAACACUUUAACAAGGACUUAGUUCAGAGUUUAAAUCCAACAAAUAAUUGCUAAAAUGGAGAUGAACGAAGGGGCAGCGGCAGCAGGCGACAACGUGCUCGACUUUUCUCGUUUGAGCCUGGAGGCUUUUGGCGUUGAUACAAUCAGCGACAAGAGGAAGAGAGACACCAAACAGCUCUACCUGAACUACAACCGGCUCACCUCGCUGCCCUCGGCCGUCGGACUUUUCUGCAACCUGGAGUUUUUGGACAUCAGCAACAACGGACUGUCGGCCAUCUGUGAGGGCAUAACGCAGCUGAGCAGACUGAAAAUACUGAUAGCCAAGAACAACCGGCUGGACGAGUUCUCGCUGCCCAAAGAGUUCGGCUCUUUGCAGCUGGAGGUGUUGAACUUUAGUGGGAACCGGUUUGAGGAGAUCCCCCUGCAGUGUAUGAAACUGCUGUGUCUGCAGUCGCUUUCAGUCGGAGGUAACAGACUGAAGAGUAUACCUGCAGAGAUAGAGAAUCUAACCAGUCUGGAACUGCUGUAUCUGGGUGGAAACCUCAUCACAGCUAUUCCUCCAGAAGUGGCUAACCUGCCGUACCUCAGCUACCUGGUCUUGUGUGACAAUCGCAUCCAAAGUGUACCUCCACAACUCACCAGGCUCCACUCGCUGAGAUCUUUAAGCCUCCAUAACAACCUGCUAACUUACCUGCCGAGGGAGAUACUCAGUCUGGUGCAUCUGCAGGAGCUCAGUCUCCGUGGCAACCCGCUCGUGGUGCGCUUUGUCAAGGAGAUGACCUACGACCCCCCGUCAUUGCUGGAGCUGGCAGGACGCACAAUAAAGAGUCGCAAUAUCCCCUACUACCCACGUGACCUGCCUUCAAACCUGCUGCACUACCUGGACCUGGCCAGCAAGUGUCCUAACCCCAAGUGUGCAGGCGUGUACUUUGAUUCCUGCGUGCGCCAUAUCAAAUUUGUGGACUUCUGUGGAAAGUACCGGCUGCCCCUCAUGCACUACCUGUGCUCCCCAGAAUGCACCUCUCCCUGCAACUCAAACCCGCAGAGCGAUGCCGAUUCAGAGGACGAGAGCAGUGUGCCGGCUUACCGCCUGCAGAGGGUACUUUUGGGGUAAUCCCACAUGGAGGAGCCUCGUCAGUCGGCCACUAAGUAACAUUUCUACUAAGAUGAACUUGGCUGAGUUACCUUGUCAUGAAAAAACACAAUCACACAAAAAGCUUAGACUGUUUUACAGACAUACUAAGUGGCUGAAUCCAAUGUACAAAAUGUGAGACAGCUGUUCAUGCUACUCCAUUUUUAGGACACUUUUUUUUAUAAGGGAUCUGUUCCUUCUCUCGUCACAAAUCAAUCUACUCAUGAGGAGUUAAAAUUCUUAUCUUUUUCAUGUGGAUAUGCAAUCCAACAGUCUUUAUUUUUGGCCUCUAAGUGCAGCUUUAACAGGCCAGAGAGGCAGGACAGUUAAACUUCAGUUAAGACUGAAGGAGCUGCUUGAUUCUUUUUCCAUUUCAGGGCGUAAAACUUUAUAUUUCAAAAACGGUGCUUCUUAGUAGCUGCAGAACAUUAUUGUGCAUUUUAUGGAACUUGUAAAAAAACGUGUUUUUUUGUCCAACUGCUGGUGUCUGACAGACCACUUACAUUUAAAUUUUUCUGACCAAUUGAGCAUCAAAGCUGCUGUUGCAACUGAUACGAAAUUAUGGUAUGUUAAGUAUGUUAAGUAUUAAGUAUGUCAGCAAACGCUACAAUAUGACAUAAGAUUUACACUUCAAUAUUCUUAAAGGUCACAUUAUCCUGCUUUUCAACCACAUCUCCCCAAAACAUGUCUGUAAAGUUUCUGGCUCAAAGUUCCUUCUGAUCCUAUUUGAUCAUGUCUAUAAACCCCUCUAUUUCAGCCCUGCUCAGAACAGGCUGUUUCUGUGUCUGUACCUUUAAAUAUGUAAAUGAGCUGUGUCUGACCACGCCCCCUCUCUGGAAGGGCUUGGUUGGCUCUGGCUUUCUUGCACCAUGGCCUUAUGUUAUGUUAUGGCCUUUAAGAUGGAGAGGAUUUACUUCACUCACAAUUGGGGUUUGAAGUCUGACAAGGGACACAUAUUAGUGUUUGAAAAACAAGUGUAUUUUGCAUAAUAUGUGACCUUUAACCUUUAAUUGACUUAGGACAAUUUGUGAAAUAGCCUUUCUUACAUCGAGUGUGGCUUUGAAGGGCAAUUGUUUUCGUCAGUAAAGCUGCUCCACACAAUUAAAAAAAAAUACACAUAUAUAUAUACGUUGCACAGCAGCCUUGAAAAAUUGUCCCCAGAAUAUGUGUUAUGUGAGGAUGUGGAAGACAAUCCUGUACAGGCUUACUCACAGGAAGUGGCGUGGGCUGGACGCGGUGAAAACCAUUCACUGGGUUAGCACAGAAACAAUGGUUAUUGAGUGAAACACAGUGGCAGUCCUCGUGUUCAUGGUAAGGGGCUGUUUGGGUUUUUCUCUGUUGCAGAAGAAUAUAGAUGUGUGAAUUGGCCCACAUAAAGGAGAACGUUUGUUUUUCUUCCUGAAAUGACUCCAGAGAGAGAUGCUGUGUUCCUAACAGAAAAGUGAAAGUGUCUUUGGUCACAUGGCUGCUCUGUCUCUUUGCUUAUUUGAAAAGUUGGGGGGGUCUUACAGCCUCCUGGGUUAGUGUGUCUCCAUCAGAGGAAGGAUAAAUCUGCUUAAUUUUACACUAAUGUUAUUUAAAAAUAAAUAAGAAUGCUCCUGUAUGUUACAUUAAUAUCUAUACUAGAACAUUUUUGUGCCUUACUAAUGGUGACCUCUGACAUAGUGAGGCAGAUAAUCUCUAAAUGUGAUAAACCCACCCUAUAAUGUGACAAGAAUAACACAGUGAAUGGUAAAGCCUUUUUUUGAGUGAUUUUUGUACUCUUAGAUAAAAAAAACAAGAUAAGCUGCUUUUAUAGAGAUCAUAUUUAAAAUAAUAAACAUGCUUCAUAUUCUAAUGACCUGCAGAAUAGAUGGCACUUAAACAGAAAGUGUAACAAGAUAUAUUAAUUUUAUUUAAUUGUACUCAUAGAUAAUGUAAGUAAACUGUACAGUAUAAAAUAACAAUAAAAGAGACUGACUGUAAUACCUUUGAA